AUGGCUCAUAGAGGAGCUCUCCAAAGGAGGCAUAACCGGCCAACGCUACCACCUGAGAGGAUGAAAAGUGCGAACGGCCGUGAUCGUAUCAUCAAGAUCGAGUUACCCUCACAGGCUCUACGGGACAAACUACUGCACCACAUGCGGUCAGGACGUCAGAGUCUGACCAGGCGAUUCGUGCAUUCGUAUGCCCGCAGAGAUUAUACUUCAGAGGAGCUGGAGCUCGAUCGUACUUUACGAAAGCAAGCAGGGAUACCUCCGAAGGAGCUUUCCAUUGAAGCUAUCCUAAUCCACUCCUACAGAAAUGCACCGAGGACUACAUCUGGUACCCUCUUAGGACCAAUAGAAGCAUCUCUGCUGAGCACCCCCUACAUUGUGUAUCGUUGCGAUAGAGAUGGGGAUACUCCGGGGGGUGGUGUAUUAGCCAUGAUCAGGGACGAUAUAUCUUCCUCGCUGAUAUCAUCCAUUUGUUUUUCGGUCUAUCUUCAGUGUAUUGUCUUACGAAUAUCCCUUUUCAGCAAUGACUGUAUAUUCAUUCUUUGCUACCGAAGUCGGUCUUGCUCAGCUGUCGAUUUUCAAAAACUUCUUCUCUAUGUUGAAGAACUAUGCCUAAAUAAAGUGCCGGUGGUUAUCCUGGGCGAUUUCAAUUUCUUUGAUCCAAUGAGUCUGAGCAAAAGCCGCCUCAGUAGACAAGGUUCCCUUUUCAUAAACUUCGUUGAAUCUCACAGCUUCACGCAAACAGUUCUUGAACCCACCCAUGGCCGUAACAUUUUGGACCUUGUUUUGACGAAUAGUCCUCACAUCAUUGGCAGUACAUCAGUACAGGCUCCCUUCUCCACAUCAGACCAUGCUACGGUGACCUUUACUCUAUCGACCAUUCAUUCCCAACCUGUCUCUAAGCCUAUACUGAAUUUCGCUAAAGGGGAUUAUGGUUCCAUACGUCGUCACCUUCUCGCUAUAGACUAG